AUGGCCAAGGCGGACUACUUCUGGGCUGUUACUGAUAAUAUGACGUGGGAUGACUUCGAGAAAGAAUUUGGAAAUAGCUUCCAAAUACCCACUGGAGAUUAUUUCAGCCCUUGUAAGAGAGUUCCAGUAACCAACACUUGGGCUCUGGUUGCCGUUUAUGCACUGGUGUCCCUGUUGAGCUUGCUGGGAAACUCCCUGGUGAUGCUGGUCUUCUCAUCCAGGCGAAGGAGCUGCUCUGUCACCGACGUCUACGUGCUGAACCUCGCCGUUGCUGACCUGCUCUUUUCGCUGACUCUGCCCUUCUGGGCUGUCUCCAAAUUGAAAGGCUGGAUUUUUGGCACGCCCCUGUGUAAGAUGGUCUCACUCCUGAAGGAAGUCAACUUCUUCAGCGGUAUCCUGCUACUGGCCUGCAUCAGUGUGGACCGAUACCUGGCCAUCGUCCAUGCCACGCGCACGCUCACCCGAAAGCGCCACUUGGUUAAGUUCGUAUGUCUAGGUCUCUGGAGUCUCUCUUUGAUUCUGUCCCUGCCCUUUGUCAUCUUCCGCCAGGCCUAUAAACCAUACGGUUCUGGAACAAUCUGCUACGAGGUCCUGGGUAAAGCCACAACAAAUUUUCGGAUAAUGUUGCGGGGCCUGUCCCACACAUUUGGCUUCCUCCUGCCGCUGCUGGUCAUGCUGUUCUGCUACGGGUCCACACUGCGCACGCUCUUUAAGGCCCGCAUGGCGCAGAAGCACCGGGCCAUGUGGGCCAUUUUUGCGGUUGUGCUUGUCUUCCUGCUCUGCUGGCUGCCCCACAACCUGGCCCUGCUCACAGACACUCUCUUAGACACCCACUGGAUUGAGGACACCUGCAAGCGCCGCAGUGACAUCGACCAGGCCCUGUAUACCACUGAGUUCCUGGCCUUUUCUCACAGCUGUCUCAACCCCAUCAUCUAUGCCUUCGUCGGCCAAAAUUUUCGUCGUGCGUUCCUCAAGAUCCUUGCGAACUGGGGCCUGGCUCGCAAGGAGGUUUUGACACCGCACCGCGCUGCCUUUCACACAUCUCUUACUGUCCGCUAAACCUCUGAAAAUUACCAGAGAGUGAUGGCUCUCCCUCAAAGGAGAGGACAGCUAUCAUGCUGAUGUGCGGUGCCUUGCUGCGUGUGUGUGUGAGUGUGCGUGUGCACAGUACAGCUAUGGACAGAGGGUACCUGGUCUGGGGAGGGAGGUGACAGGAUCAGAAGUUAGUAACUACUGUCUCUAGAGCCCACGCCUACUUGCUGAGGAGGCACUGAUAGUCCUCCAAGGACUUCCUUUACACUUCCGCUGGAACGAAUGUCGCCAUUUCUACUGAAUACCUGCAUCUAUGAUUUGUAAUCUGGGUGAUUAUCAUGGUCACAUCUAUAGCCUAACGCCAUUAGAACCAAGAACUGGAGCUUGCAGCUGACAUUAGCCCUCUCGGACUGGACCCUCUCCUUGGAAAACCACCCUGACUGCUCAGCACAUUCCAGCGGGCUGUCUAGUAACUCUUCGUCCUGUGAUCUGAGUUCAUGAGACCGUUUUUCCCGUCUUGGGGAAUGUUGCAAUGCCUGCUGAGGACAUCAGUCAGGUGCUGCUGAGGCACCCAGCCACCAGGCAGCCUUGUGACGAAGCUGAAGACCAUCUUCCCUUUAGGUGUCCUGGGUGGACAAAGGGUGUUUGGGAAACUAGGCCUGAGAAUCCCCUUUACCUCGUGACCAGCGUCACAGAG